AUGUCAACGAAUAAUGGUUAUACUUGCCGCUGUAAGCAAGGUUAUCAAGGAAGAAACUGCGAACAUGGUAAACUCCUCAGUUAUUGCAAGCUUAAUAAUCACAAGUCAGUUUAACACACGACAAAAUUAAACACGCUGGCUCGCUAAAAUAUGUUAUAAGCUAGAAUUCCAAGACGGCCUGGGUGGCAAAUUAAAGAAUAUCAAUUUUUAAAGCAACUAGUAAAAUGGGUGGAUAAUUGACCAAAAUACGGCUGGAUAUUACCCAAUAAUUUUUUUAGCGUUUUAUGGACCGAGGCGAAGUCGAGGUCAAUCACUUUCACCCAAAAAAGAACGAAGCGAGUAUCUUAAACGAACAAAAGGUUUGUCAAUGAGAACUUCUUCUUGUUGGACUCAACAGAGAACAUCCCUGCACGCAAAACAGGCCCAUCUUCUCUGCUCGGAUAGAAAAUCAGUACACAGGAUGCACUUCGUCUUACCCGCUAACUAAACCGGCCAUAAAAUAUGAUGAUUACUCCCCCAGUAUUUUUUUAAUUGUGUGUUUAUAAUUAGAAUAUACGUUGUUUUUUGAUGCAAUAUCGCUAGAAAAUCCUAAGCAUUUAUUAAAAGUACAUCCAUCGAUCCAAAAACUUAAAUUCGGGAACGGUCGUUGAAAGGCAUUCAAAACUGACUUGCUUUUCUUCUAGAUAUGAACGAAUGUAAUUCUAGACCUUGUCGCAAUGGUGGAACUUGUGAGAAUCUUCCAGGAAGCUACAGAUGCAAAUGCAGGGCAGGAUUCCUUGGUCAACACUGUGAAAUCGGUAAAUAAUUUGAACGUUAUCCUGGUGUUGGGUUUUUCAGUAGCAAGUCUAGAUCGCGUAAAAUUUACCUUCUAUUCGUGAUUUCAAAGUUUUUUGUUUAUUGUUGUCAUAGUGACGUCGAUUUUACUUAAAAGUGUAUUUCAACAAACUUCAAUCCAAAGUCACUUUGAAGUGAAAAUUUGAUAGAGAUCGGAAAAAGAUAAACUCACAUUUUAGGCGAUUGAAAAAUAUCGGUAUCGAAACGCGUUUAAUUCUGUAAUCCUAAAGGGGUAAUUUUAUGUUUAUGUUAAAUUGUUAUUUAUUAUAAUUUGUGUUGUAGUAUUUGAUGAGUGUAAACAUUACGUGUUACUGAGUGAUCGUCAGCGAGCUGCAGGAGUCCACAGAGGCAACACCCUGAAAUGUGACCAGAAAGACCUGACGACCCACAAAUGGUACAGGUUUUCUGGAGCAGCUGGUACUCAGAUGCCUACCUCAUGUGUGCCAAUACAUUACUGUGGAACAAACGCACCUGGAUGGUUAAGCACUGCGCACCCGACAAGAACUGGUCAGGUUGUUAACGGCAAAGUGUGUUUUCACUGGAGUAAUAAAUGUUGUAAUUGGCAUGCCAACAUCCAAGUAAAAAGGUGCAACGGAUUUUACGUUUACAAACUUGUAAAAACACCGGUGUGCUGGCUUCGAUACUGUGGAAAUGCAGGAUUUGGUGAGUGAAGGGGUUAAACCCUUUAUUGUCUGCUAAAGUUCUCUAAUUUAAGAGCUAAAGUGUAAACAUGAAGUUUCUGAGGAAAAUGUAGAUUUAACACAAAUAAUUAACUAACUUAUCAUUCAUUUUACAUCUCCCAAAACUCCCAAGACCCAUGUAAAGCAAGCAGGCCUUGUCAAAAUGGCGCAACCUGUGUUAAUAACAACGGCGAUUACAUCUGUCGCUGCAAGCCUGGUUACCAAGGGAGGAACUGUGAACAAGGUAAAAUAGCUAUAUUGUCUUUUUAAAGUAAUAUGUUUUAGAAGCAUGCUUUUAGAGAAGUCGAAAGAAAAGAACUUGUUUCACCAGCGUAAUCCUGUUGGAAAUUUGGCUUAACUGAACCAAAAAAAAAACAACAAAAAAACAGAAACAAAAACAAAACAAUAAAACAGGAAUGACUCGAAUUUUAAGAAUUGAUUAACUUAUAUGCGUUACUUGCAGACAUCAAUGAAUGUAACACUAGACCUUGUCGCAAUGGAGGAACGUGUGAAAACCUUCCAGGAAGCUACAGAUGCAAAUGCAAACCAGGAUUUCUUGGCAACCACUGUGAAAUCGGUACGUAUUGUUCAUACUUACGUCUUUUUUUCAUUUUUUAUCCUUUCUAGUACCUUGAUGCGCUUGUAAAUUAUUCCAUUGCCGAUCAAAGUGAGGUUGUUAUAUUUAACCGUGAUCGUUGAUAUUCAAAUUGAUUUUUAACUGGCACAAAAUUCGGCAGUAUAAGAAAAGAAGAGUAACUCCUAAACUGCACCACCGACACAGCAGUACAGUCUGUUUAGUUACUGACUAAUAGACCACUUCCGAGUUCGAAAGACCCUAACUUUCAAAAUGAGGCUAAGUGCACAACAUUUUGUGAAAAUGAGUUAUAUUUGCAUGAGAAUAAAAAAUCAUCUCCAUAUCAAAGGCCGAGCUCUUAACCUCGAAUUGAUACAGAGACACGGGGGAACCCGGAAAUGGUCUAUUCAAUCCUAAAGGAGUAGUUUUGUUUUUAUGUUGAAUUUUUUUUUUCCUAUAUUCUGUAUUGUAGUAUUUGACGAGUGUAAACAUUACGUGUUACUGAGUGAUCGUCAGCGAGCUGCAGGAGUCCACAGAGGCAACACCCUGAAAUGUGACCAGAAAGACCUGACGACCCCCAAAUGGUACAGAUUUUCUGGAGCAGCUGGUACUCAGAUGCCUACCUCAUGUGUGCCAAUACAUUACUGUGGAACAAACGCACCUGGAUGGUUAAGCACUGCGCACCCGACAAGAACUGGUGAGGUUGUUAACGGCAAAGUGUGCUUUCACUGGAGUAAUAAAUGUUGUAAUUGGCAUGCCAACAUCCAAGUAAAAAGGUGCAACGGAUUUUACGUUUACAAACUUGUAAAAACACCGGUGUGCUGGCUUCGAUACUGUGGAAAUGCAGGAUUUGGUGAGUAAAGGGGUUAAACCCUUUAUUGUCUGCUAAAGUUAUCUAAUUUAAGAGCUAAAGUGUAAACAUGAAGUUUCUGAGGAAAAUGUAGAUUUAACACAAAUAAUUAACUAACUUAUCAUUCAUUUUACAUCUCCCAAAACUCCCAAGACCCAUGUAAAGCAAGCAGGCCUUGUCAAAAUGGCGCAACCUGUGUUAAUAACAACGGCGAUUACAUCUGUCGCUGCAAGCCUGGUUACCAAGGGAGGAACUGUGAACAAGGUAAAAUAGCUAUAUUGUCUUUUUAAAGUAAUAUGUUUUAGAAGCAUGCUUUUAGAGAAGUCGAAAGAAAAGAACUUGUUUCACCAGCGUAAUCCUGUUGGAAAUUUGGCUUAACAGAACCAAAAAAACAACAACAACAAAACAGAAACAAAAACAAAACAAUAAAACAGGAAUGACUCGAAUUUUAAGAAUUGAUUAACUUAUAUGCGUUACUUGCAGACAUCAAUGAAUGUAAGACUAGACCUUGUCGCAAUGGAGGAACGUGUGAAAACCUUCCAGGAAGCUACAGAUGCAAAUGCAAGCCAGGAUUUCUUGGCAACCACUGUGAAAUCGGUACGUAUUGUUCAUACUUACGUCUGUUUUCAUUUUUUAUCCUUUCUAGUACCUCGAUGCGCUUGUAAAUUAUUCCAUUGCCGAUCAAAGUGAGGUUGUUAUAUUUAACCGUGAUCGUUCAUAUUCAAAUUGAUUUUUAACUGGCACAAAAUUCGGCAGUAUAAGAAAAGAGGAGUAACUCCUAAACUGCACCACCGACACAGUAGUACAGUCUGUUUAGUUACUGACUAAUAGACCACUUCCGAGUUCGAAAGACCCUAACUUUCAAAAUGAGGCUAAGUGCACAACAUUUUGUGAAAAUGAGUUAUAUUUGCAUGAGAAUAAAAAAUCAUCUCCAUAUCAAAGGCCGAGCUCUUAACCUCGAAUUGAUACAGAGACACGGGGGAACCCGGAAAUGGUCUAUUCAAUCCUAAAGGAGUAGUUUUGUUUUUAUGUUGAAUUGUUAUUUACUAUAUUCUGUAUUGUAGUAUUUGACGAGUGUAAACAUUACGUGUUACUGAGUGAUCGUCAGCGAGCUGCAGGAGUCCACAGAGGCAACACCCUGAAAUGUGACCAGAAAGACCUGACGACUCCCAAAUGGUACAGAUUUUCUGGAGCAGCUGGUACUCAGAUGCCUACCUCAUGUGUGCCAAUACAUUACUGCGGAACAAACGCACCUGGAUGGUUAAGCACUGCGCACCCGACAAGAACUGGUCAGGUUGUUAACGGCAAAGUGUGCUUUCACUGGAGUAAUAAAUGUUGUAAUUGGCAUGCCAACAUCCAAGUAAAAAGGUGCAACGGAUUUUACGUUUACAAACUUGUAAAAACACCGGUGUGCUGGCUUCGAUACUGUGGAAAUGCAGGAUUUGGUGAGUGAAGGGGUUAAACCCUUUAUUGUCUGCUAAAGUUCUCUAAUAUAAGAGCUAAAGUGUAAACAUGAAGUUUCUGAGGAAAAUGUAGAUUUAACACAAAUAAUUAACUAACUUAUCAUUCAUUUUACAUCUCCCAAAACUCCCAAGACCCAUGUAAAGCAAGCAGGCCUUGUCAAAAUGGCGCAACCUGUGUUAAUAACAACGGCGAUUACAUCUGUCGCUGCAAGCCUGGUUACCAAGGGAGGAACUGUGAACAAGGUAAAAUAGUUAUAUUGUCUUUUUAAAGUAAUAUGUUUUAGAAGCAUGCUUUUAGAGAAGUCGAAAGAAAAGAACUUGUUUCACCAGCGUAAUCCUGUUGGAAAUUUGGCUUAACUGAACCAAAAAAAAAAAACAACAAAAAAACAGAAACAAAAACAAAACAAUAAAACAGGAAUGACUCGAAUUUUAAGAAUUGAUUAACUUAUAUGCGUUACUUGCAGACAUCAAUGAAUGUAACACUAGACCUUGUCGCAAUGGAGGAACGUGUGAAAACCUUCCAGGAAGUUACAGAUGCAAAUGCAAACCAGGAUUUCUUGGCAACCACUGUGAAAUCGGUACGUAUUGUUCAUACUUACGUCUUUUUUUCAUUUUUUAUCCUUUCUAGUACCUUGAUGCGCUUGUAAAUUAUUCCAUUGCCGAUCAAAGUGAGGUUGUUAUAUUUAACCGUGAUCGUUGAUAUUCAAAUUGAUUUUUAACUGGCACAAAAUUCGGCAGUAUAAGAAAAGAAGAGUAACUCCUAAACUGCACCACCGACACAGCAGUACAGUCUGUUUAGUUACUGACUAAUAGACCACUUCCGAGUUCCAAAGACCCUAACUUUCAAAAUGAGGCUAAGUGCACAACAUUUUUGUGAAAAUGAGUUAUAUUUGCAUGAGAAUAAAAAAUCAUCUCCAUAUCAAAGGCCGAGCUCUUAACCUCGAAUUGAUACAGAGACACGGGGGAACCCGGAAAUGGUCUAUUCAAUCCUAAAGGAGUAGUUUUGUUUUUAUGUUGAAUUGCUAUUUACUAUAUUCUGUAUUGUAGUAUUUGACGAGUGUAAACAUUACGUGUUACUGAGUGAUCGUCAGCGAGCUGCAGGAGUCCACAGAGGCAACACCCUGAAAUGUGACCAGAAAGACCUGACGACUCCCAAAUGGUACAGAUUUUCUGGAGCAGCUGGUACUCAGAUGCCUACCUCAUGUGUGCCAAUACAUUACUGCGGAACAAACGCACCUGGAUGGUUAAGCACUGCGCACCCGACAAGAACUGGUCAGGUUGUUAACGGCAAAGUGUGUUUUCACUGGAGUAAUAAAUGUUGUAAUUGGCAUGCCAACAUCCAAGUAAAAAGGUGCAACGGAUUUUACGUUUACAAACUUGUAAAAACACCUGUAUGCUGGUUACGAUACUGUGGAAAUGCAGGAUUCGGUGAGUGAAGGGGUCGAACCAUUAAUUGUUUGUAAAAUUCCCCUAAGUAAAGAACGAAGAUAACUAAGGGUGGAUCUCCACCUUCGCGAAAUUUUCAUUUUAGUACGCACGUAAAUUUUACGCGCUUAAAUAAAAUGGAGGUGAUGUUUGAAGGGCCGCGCGUAAACGUAAAAGCUGAGCGAGGUUCAACUUUAACGCUUCCCCGUGACCUUCCCACAUUAGCUCUAUUUUAUUUAGGCGCCUAAAAUUUACCUGCGUACGCAGGUAAAGAAGAUCAUGCGAUAUUGGAAAUCCACGUUAAAGUGUAAGCAUGUAUGUCAUUGGGAAAAUGUAGAUUUAGCAAAAUAAUUAACUAACUUAUUUAUUCAUUUUACAUCUGACAAAACUCCUCAGACCCAUGUAAAGCAAGCAGGCCUUGUCAAAAUGGCGCAACAUGUGUUAAUAACAAUGGUGAUUACAUCUGUCGCUGCAAGCCUGGUUACCAAGGAAGGAACUGUGAACAAGGUAAGUAACCAACCUUUGUUUUUUAUAUAUGAAAGUAGAACAAAAAAUUUAUAUUGUGCCGUUUAAAGUAAUAUUUGGGAGGCUUGCUUUUAGAGAAGAUGUAGAAAAAACUAUUUCUGGGAAACUAUUUUAACGAACGUAAUAUUGUUUUGAAGUUUUACUUGAUGGAGUUAAAUAACAAAAUAAGUUAAUAACACUGCUUUACUUGCAGACGUCAAUGAAUGUACCUCUGGACCUUGUCGCAAUGGAGGAACGUGUCAAAACCUUCCUUCCUUCUGAGUUUCUUAUCUAUGUACUUGUAAAGAUUUUAUCCGAAGCCGCCUGGGCUACGAAUGCGUGCAAGCUAUAAGAGAAACAAACUAGCAGUUAAAACAUUCGGAUAUAUUACAAAUUCACGAGUAUUUUCCUUUAUAAAAGACUGUCUGAAGGACAAUAUAAGAAAUGAAUUAAGUGAAACUCAAAAGUUGACCCUGUUUGUUCUCUACUGGCAGAUGUAAAUGAAUGCAACAGUAGACCUUGCCGGAAUGGAGGAACGUGUCAAAACCUUCCAGGAAGCUACAGAUGUCAAUGCAAGCCAGGAUUCUUGGGCAAGCAAUGUGAAAUUGGUAGGUAAUUUGCAUCCUAAUUAUUUCAUGUUUGUUUUUUGUGAAAGUUUUUUCUUCGUUGUUUUAUGCUUAAAUUUAUUUAGCUGUUACAUUUUGCCCGAGGAAUCGAUGAUAAUAAUCGAUGAUAAUCAUGAACGAGGAUCAUUAUCAUGAUGCUUCAUCAAACUUGUCGUUUCUCAAACUAUCUGUAUACAAAUAAUCAGUUACUUUGUCUUGAUGUUGGGUAAGGAAAAUUUGAAAUGACUCCUGGGUUCAAACCUUUCACGAUAAUAAUAAUGUCCUUUGUUUACUCUUGGUAGUAUUUAUUUAUAGCACUUAUGCUAGUGGGGCCUAGCAAAUGCCUAAAACAAAUAACUCAAAUCCAGCUUACAUAACAGGGUAAAGAAUCCCAGCUGGCCUCAGGUGAACCAGCUGGAAAUUUACAAUCAUGAACGAGGAUCAUUAUUAUGAUGCUUCAUCAAACUUGUCGUUUCUCAAACUAUCUGUAUACAAAUAAUCAGUUACUUUGUCUUGAUGUAGGGUAAGGAAAACAAAAAAAAAAAUAACGGAUGCUGUGUAAAAAUAUUCGAAAUUGCGACAGGCCAAUAAUUAGAAAAAAAUAGUCUUUUGUAUCCUUUAUUUACUGUAGUGUUUGAUGAAUGUAAACACUACGAGCAACUCAGCGAUCGUCAGCGGGCUGCAGGUGUCCACAGAGGAAAUACUCUGAAAUGUGACCAGAAGGACUUGGCGACCCCCAAAUGGUACAGGUUUACUGGAUCAGCUGGUACUCGGAUGCCAUCUACCUGUGUUCUAAAGCAUUACUGUGGAACACACGCACCUGGAUGGUUAAGCACUGCGCACCCGACAAGAACUGGUCAGGUUGUUAACGGCAAAGUGUGCUUUCACUGGGGAAAUAAAUGUUGUAAUUGGCAUGCCAACAUCCAGAUAAAGAGGUGCAACGGAUUUUACGUUUACAAACUUGUAAGAACACCUGUAUGCUGGUUACGAUAUUGUGGAAAUGCAGGAUUUGGUGAGUUUAAGAUAAUCUGUCUUAUAGUAUCACGUAUUUACUCGGUAGAAGCAGCUGUCUCUGACGCGCCUGAUUUUGAAGUAAAAAAAAUCUUCUUUGUCUCCAGUAGGAUCAAAAAGGACUUCUGUAUGUUGGUUGCGUUACUGUGUUAGUGCAGGAUUCGUUGAUAACGUGUUGCAACAAGACAAAUAAAAAAGUGUUCGAAAACAUUAAACCUCGCUUUGCGUUAUCGAUAUUAUGUCCUAAGGGAAUAUCCAAGGGACCUAAAGUUCCUGUAAUAUCUGUAUAGUGCAGUUGUAGUGGACAAGUAGUAAUUUUGGUGGUAACUAUCAUUAUCAUCAUCAUUGUCUGCGUUGUCUUUGUCGUCAUAAUCAUAUAGUUCCUUUUCCUCAAGACUGAAAGUGGCCAGGAACUAGGCUUUUCCAAACUUUUAUACACACUACAAAGUCGUUUAUUUUUUCCAUAAUCACUUGAGGAUAUUUUUGUACGGAGUGUUUUUUAAUCCUAUUCUAAACGCCCAAAAUCUUGUGAUAGAAAACGUCCAUUUUCUGGUCUGGCAACCUCGACCAUUGAUCUGGCAUGUUAAGUAGACCCACCAUAACCCCCUCCCGUGUAGCUCAUGGCAUCAUUAAGACGCGAAAGGCUCACCACCAUAACAAGGUGACAUUGCCCAGAGUAAAGUUGUGGUAGUAAUAGCAGUAGUUACGUACUCCUUUAAGAUAUAACUGUCUAAAUUUGUUUUGUGUAGAUGAAUGUAAAGUAAGCAGGCCUUGUAAGAACGGGGCUACUUGCGUUUCAAGUCUCGGAGGUUAUACUUGCCAGUGUGUUCCGGGCUUUCAAGGAAAGAACUGCGAACAAGGUGGGUAAAUGAUAUUCCUGGUCUACCAGACCAGAACGGUCAUCUAGAGAAUUCCCCUAAGAAUCAGGACUGUCUAUCUAGAUUUGUCUAGUCGAGUAAAAACUCUUGCAAACCCUACUUCAUAUCCAAAUGACUAGUCCAUCCGACCGGUUCUGUGUUUGGUUAGAAAGUGUAAUGCUUUAACUCUGGAAAGGGAAUCGACAGACUGUGAUAUCGUCACGAAAAAGACUGAUUCAACUCAUAAUCAUAUUUUUUAAUGCUUGUCAAUACAGUAAGCCAAUGUUAUUGCGAAUGCUGUACAAUAAUUACCGGCACUUUGUUCUUUUACUAGAUGUUAACGAGUGUAUAACUCGGCCCUGCCUUAAUGGAGGUACUUGUCAGAAUCAACAUGGAAGUUACAGUUGCACCUGCAGGCCAGGAUUUACCGGAAAGAAUUGCGAAAAAGGUAAUUAGGUGGACUGAUUGCACAGGGUAAGUAAGCUCAUUGUCAAAUACAACUGAGGAUAGGAUUGUAAAGGGCAUUUCAAUACAUUGCUGUAAACUCAUCUGAAUAUAAAUCACAAUCCAAAUGAACAACACCUGCGAUGUUUCAAGUUCUUGGACAAAAUUAAAAUGCAGCUUAAAAUAGUCCAUUAUGAGGUGCGGAUCUUUGAGUUAAAACAGUAUACCUUCAACAAGUCCUUUUCCACCAAUUUCUACUUCAUGGGAUAAAUAGGGUGAGGCUUUCGAUUCAGUUUUGAGAUUUAACUUGACUUAAGAGUAAACCGUAACACUUGGGUCCAAUGGUAUCGAAACUGAUUCAGUAUUUUCCUCCGACCUUCUUCCUGCAAAUUUUUUCUGAUUCAAAACGAUUUCUUGUUAUAGUACUUGAUGGCUGUGUGAAUUACAAAGUUCUUGACGAAUUGAACCGUUCAGCAGGCUACACGGGUGCCCUUGCUGAUUGUGACCAAACUGCACUGAUCUCACCAGCGUGGUAUCGUUUUAACGGAUCUGCUGGUGACAAGAUGGCGGACUCAUGUGUUAGAGAGAGGCAUUGUGGAACGCAUGCGCCUGGCUGGCUGGAUGGAAAUCAUCCGAUUAAUGUAGGCGCGGUCGUUGAAAGGCAAGUUUGUUUCCACUGGGGCUCCAACUGCUGUAAAUGGUCUGUGAAGAUUAAGGUGAAAAAGUGUAGUGGUUUCUUCGCGUACGAGCUCCAGCGGACUCCCACAUGUCAUUUACGUUACUGUGGCAACGCUGGUUUGGGUAAGAAGACAUCACAAACUUACAAAUAUGAUAAAGCAACAUUAAUUUAACCUCAUAACAACUAGCCAUUACCGUAUUGCAAGCACAGUAUACGCUGCUGUGUUUUGUUUUUGCUAAAGCUUGGUAAACUCCCGCUGGAAAAUACUGAAACAGACGACCCUAAGAUUUAUUCAUUUACUACUUCCUUACAACACCAGUUUAUUUUUGAUAGUUAUCCCAGGGUACUUAUGGGUCAUGGAAAAUCUGAAAAGUCUUGAAAUGUAAGAAUUUCAUUUUCCAUGCAUGGAAAGUUUUGAAAAAUCAUGGAAAAGUAAAGUUAUGUAGACGCAUAAUUUAAUGUGUUUCAGACCUUAAACGUACUUGCUUGGACAUAACCUGAGCUUAACGUUAAGUAUAAUAGGGUGCGAAAGAACCGAGAAACCCUGUUUUCGUCCAAUCUAACAACAGUAAAUUAUCCAACUUUAAUGCUGUCUUACAAACUGUACUAACUCUUUUUUCUUUUUUACCCUGAGCUGUGAAUGAGUGUGUUAUUCUCAAGCCUUGUAAAAACGGCGCAACUUGUUAUGAUUUAUUGAACGGAUAUCGCUGCCACUGCGCGCCAGGAUACCAAGGAAAGCACUGCGACAAAGGUACUGUCGAACUACUUUUAUGAAUCCCAACAUUUAUAUAACUAUUAUAACACAGGUACCUCUUUAAUCCGGAUCCCCUCGGAAAGGCGUAAGGGAGAGCUGGGUCGACUGAACGAAAAUGCGCGAAUACUUUUUAUUAAUGAAACACUGAAUGAACGUUCCGUGGCAAUAACUAAACACUCCCAGGAUUAUUUCCAUUUUCAACUAUGGUAGAAUCUAAUUUUUCUAAGGACAUAUAAUUAGUAUUAGUCUUAUUUCUUUACUUCCUCCUUUUUUGACAAAGGUUUCUGACAACAAAAAGCUUAGAGAAGAAGCUCAAGAAGAGCUUAUUUUAUUUUACUAGAUAUCAAUGAGUGCGUAACAAAGAAUCCAUGUAAGAAUGGUGCGAGUUGUGAAAACAGCGUUGGUAGUUACACUUGUCGUUGUACAAUCGGAUUCAAUGGCAAACACUGCGAUCAAGGUAAAAUGAAACAGCUUGGAAGGUAAUGUCGACCUUUUUCCAGCUUUGUCAGUGUUUGUCUUCCAGCCAUUUCAGACUAAAUGUAGAAUUGUUACAGAGACCUCUGUUGCUACAAUCCUCGUCACAUUAGGUUGGGACACCCAGUGCAAAAACUAUGAUGCAGCUUCAAAACGUUGUGCUCUUUCCCUCCCAGUUUUGAAUUUUUUUGCUUCUGUGAUGCCAACUUGCACAAACGAACAUUGGGAGGCCAGAAAACAUCCCAGUCGUCCAAACUAAUGUGACGAGGAUUGUAGUUGUAAUUAGUAUCCAUCACCUCUCGGCAUAUGCAUCGCGAAACGGCUUCAUAUCCUUCUGUUAACUGUGUUUAUAUUACUGUAUUACGGUAAACGUAGGAGAAAUAGGAACAUAUUAAAAUAGGGGAAUAUAUGAAUAGAAAUUUCUACCUUGUUGGUUACUUGUCCAGCCAAAAAAGUCCUUUAGAGUUUCAUUUUUAUGGCUGCAACCAUUCUUGAGAAGCUCUAAAACUUGAAUAUGAACAAACUCAUUCAAAAAAGACAAAUAAUGGCCUUAAACUUUAAACCUUUUCAGAUGUUAACGAGUGUGCGGUUAACAAUCCAUGUAAGAAUGGCGCCACUUGUGUUAACAAUGUUGGCGGAUAUCAGUGUCUGUGUGCCCCAGGAUAUCAAGGAAAACAAUGUGAUCAAGGUACAAGCUGCUUUUUUUGACCAGUUAUUUAAUUGUAUUGUAAUUAUUCCUGGAGACAUCAACGAUUUCCUCUCCAUUUUCUAAAACAAAGCAUCUGCAUAAGGAACUACUUCACCUAGACAUUUUUACAGCAGGCGUAAGGCCAACUUGAUUUCGUUGCUUUAUUUUGUGCGUUCUGAAUGAAAGGAAGCUCGUAAUAAAGACCACAAUAAUAACAGUAGCAACUAUUCAGUCAAGGACACCAGCCUCUCUGAAAUUGUAUAAACCCUCUUCAUAUUUUUAGCAAUGUCGAUAUCGACUUUUAGCUGCCUACAUAAAUUCAUGCAUGAAAUAUAGACAAAAACUUGUUGUUUAAUCAUAGCCUUGAUUUAAGUUUAAAUUUCAUAUAAAUGAAUGCAGGUAAUACAAUGUACCCACUCGGAAUACUGAAACAAAAGUUCUUGUCGUUAUGUUAUUUAAUGUUAAAUAUCGAAUAGCGCACCCACCCAUAUUUGAUCAAAUUUUGAAGAUAAAAACAAAGAAAUAGGUAAAUAAAAGAAACAAGCGAAAAAGAAAAAUAAUAGAAAUAAACAACUCGCAGCCUCAUGAACAUGAUUUUGUGGGUUAUUUCAGAUGUAAACGAAUGCAUCAUCAGUCCCUGUAAAAACGGGGGAACAUGCGUGAAUCUAAAGGGAAGCUACAGAUGUUAUUGUACACAAGGAUACACAGGCAAACACUGCGAACAAGGUUAGUUAAUGUGCCAUUUGUGCAAACUAACAAAACACCACGUUCGUAGGCGAGCGUCGCUCAUAUCAAGAACUGCUGCGACUCCAGGCGAGAAGUUGCUGACACAUUACAAAAGAUCUUUCACUGUGUUCGCUUUAAUUUAAAUGUAACUUAUAGAAUUCUGUGAUUGAAUGACAAAUGAUUUCCUCAAAAGCUCUUCCCUCAUUUAAAACAGAAAGUUAACUUUACCUUUAAUACGUUUCAGAUGUCAACGAGUGCGCUGUUAACAAUCCGUGUCGAAAUGGCGCUACUUGUGUUAAUAAAGUUGGCGACUACCAGUGUCUUUGUGUCCCAGGAUAUCAAGGAAAAAAUUGUGAUCAAGGUGAGUUAUUUCUCGGUACAGUAAAACCAAUCAUCACAGUCAUAAUUAACUGCGAUAAACCAUCUAUCUGUUGCUUCUCACUUUUAGAUGUCGACGAAUGUCAGUUUAAUCCUUGCAAGAACGGUGGAACUUGUUCAAAUGUUCCUGGAAGCUAUAAUUGCAAGUGCGUCAGUGGCUAUAAAGGAAAGGAUUGUAAACAGGGUAAGAAAAUAACAGCAUCGAGAACUUUAUCUUUUGGACACCUUGACAGAUUUUCCCAAAAAUGCACUGACUGAACGAUUGACUGUUACUGAGUUCCAAUGUAAAAACGUGCCUUCUUGUUCUAAUGAUAAUUUGGGAUGUGUUAAAAGACGCAAUUGCUCUGUCUUUUAGCACAAAACAACCUGUCUCACUUCCCAUUGAAUCCUGCAGGAUUAUCUAUUUUUCAUAAGAAAAUUACUUUUAUUUACCUUUAUAGAUAUAAACGAGUGUGUAGUGAGUAAUCCAUGUCAAAAUGGUGCCACUUGUGUUAACAAUUUUGGUGGCUACCAGUGUCUUUGUGUCCCGGGAUACCAAGGAAAACACUGUGAUCAUGGUGAGUUCUUUCGCAAGCCGGUAAAUAUCACAUUUAUCAGGUGAAACUGUUAUAUAACGAGUGUGCGUGAAAUUUCCCUGUAAAAUUGCGAUGGAACACAAAGAAAACGAGCAGGAUAAAAGCUUUUCCUUUUAAAACUUUCAUAGCUUUUCCAUCUCAGAUUUUUCCUCUUAAAAUUGUUAACGAAAGUUUAAAUAAAAACACUGAAGUAAGUCCCUCCCUUUUGUUUCUCAUUUUUAGAUGUUGAUGAAUGCCAGAUAAAUCCUUGUCAGAAUGGAGGAACUUGCUCAAACAUACAGGGCAGCUAUAACUGCAGUUGUGUCAGUGGUUUUACAGGAAAAAAUUGUGAAAACGGUAAGGAAUUUACUGUGUUUACUGAGUGUCAUUAUUUUUUGUCGCAAACUACAUUGAAUCACGGAGAGAUAAGAGCCUAUAGGUGUCAUCACAAGCAUAUUCACUAUUUAUAAGAUACUUAUUUUCUGUCUAGUUUUAUUUAAUGGAUGGAAAAGGUAAAGAUGUUGUGUAAUUUUAGAUAUUGACGAAUGUCGAAAUAGUCCUUGCAUGAAUGGAGCAACGUGCAUCAACAAUCCAGGCAGCUAUCAGUGUAAAUGCAAAGGCGGCUAUGAUGGCAAACACUGCGAAAACGGUAGGAUGCAUGUGAUGUCUGCCUUGCUUUUAUAAUAAUCUGCCCCUUUUCAAUUACUUUUACUUUCUCUUUUUCUUUUUUUUUUUUUUUUUUGCACGCAGGACUAUGAAAUAGUUUUAGUCCAACGAACUUCUUUUUUUCUUUUUCCUGUAUAGACAUUGACGAGUGCCAGAAUCAACCAUGUCAAAACGGAGGAACGUGUCAGAAUGAGCAAGGCGGGUAUAAGUGUUCCUGUAAAGCAGGCUUUCAGGGCAAGAAUUGCGAAAAUGGUAAGGAAAACAGACUGAAAGACAUAAACAACAGAAAUCUUAGGUGCCUGCAACAACCAGGCUUUGAUGCUAAAGAUAUUUUUGUAAUGUAAUAAUUGUUAGCAAAGUAUUUAAGACAGUUUACCAGGAAAAUACUCAAACUUGAAAUGACGUCAUUAUAACACCGAAAAGUCUAUAAAUGUUAUCCGCAUUUUUGUUUUUUUUUGGAAAGCUUAAACGUGUUUAUUGCCAACGUGCAUUAUUAAAUUAGGGACUGUGCAAUAAUUAUCAGGGGGAAGGAAAUAAGCCAAACAUAGGAUAAUAUUACGCAGCGCCCGCUCCCAACAAAGGCAAGUUAGAUCUGAUCCCCCUCCUGGUUACUUAAAAAUUAUGACCAGCCCCUCCCCCACUCCCGACUUGCACAUGCAUGUUCUUUCGUUAUGUAAACUUAUGAACUGUAACGUUUUUUGACGGCUGUGUCUGGAGCAUUAACUCAAAACUUCGUUGUGCUACACAGCCAACCAUUUCAGAACAGUCCCAUUGGGUAUCGUCUUUUGAAUCCUUCUGUAUGUGAAUCACUGGAUUGAAGUUCUGAGUCAUUUGCGUCAUUACAUUCGAUCUAGUUAAGUCAUGACCAGCACAAACAUAUCUCAGAACGCGAGCUACCAGCCUCUCUUUCCCUUCACUGACUUGUUAAUAGUGCUGCUUCAGGUACAGUCUUAACUGUUUUUCGCUCAGCGAACUACUCCCGCAGAUCUUCAUUCUUUUACUACCAGAUGGCAUGAGAUGGCUUCUUCCUCUGAAUGAGAUUCAGUAAGAUCUGCCGCUCCUUAAGAUAACUGGGGAGAGAUGAAGAAGUCAUUUUUUCUAGGAUCUAGGCUCAUCAUGAAUAAAAUGUGACAGUAAGCCAACUUCCAAGUAUUCCCCACUUUCCAUUAAGAGCAAUAUUCUUCGAUCUCCCUUAGCGUCAUGUUUUCGUCAUGUCUGUAAUGUGAUCGAAUAGGAGAGACAUCCUCGUAUCCCGCUAUUCGCACAAUUUUCUCGUUUGCUGAGGUUCACCUGCACUUCCGUUGGGCUGAAAAUGUGUUUACUUGAGUAAUUGCUAUAGAAGGGACACAUCAUUUUGUCUCAUAACGAGACACCCCCCUUUUUUAAAAUCCUGGACACAACCCUGUUCUGUUAAGUAGAGAUAAGCUAAAAUACUAUGUAACCAGGAUUAUCUAUGGCCUUGUUACUAAUUAUUGCUAGUUCUUUAUUAUAUUUUGAUCACAUAUAAAUCAUGUUUUGUUCAUAUCAAAUCGUCCCUAGCAUGAAAUCAGUAUCAUUGUUAGUGAGACAGCUUGUCCAUAAGGAAAGUAGAUACAACCCCUCUUCUUGAAAGUAAAACGUAAGGUGUUGCCCCUCCUCCUUUUGACUAUUAUUUCAUAUGGUACCCCUUCCCUCUGGUUUUAUAACCCCCUCCUGGUAAUUAUCGCACAGUCCCUGAAAUCCAUUUGAAAGUAUUUGCAAAUCCUCUAUCGUACAUCCAACUUUAUUUUUUUGUAAUAGCAGGUUGGUAAAUUUGUUGCCUUUUCAAACCACAUUUUUAACAAUUACCUGCCUCUCUUAAAAUAGUCAUUAAAAAUAAAUGCUAUAUUUGAACAUGCUUUUGAUUAGAUGUGGACGAAUGUAAGAGUUCCCCUUGUAAAAACAGUGGGAAAUGUGUCAAUUUGCCUGGCAGCUUUAGAUGUGACUGUACACAGGGAUUUACAGGCAAACUUUGUGACCAAGGUGACUAUCAAGCGCUUUUUGUAAACUUUCAUGGCUUUAUUAUAAAUAAGAGUUUUAGUUAUCUUUGAUGCCUCGUGAUCAUUUUCAAAUCACUAUGAAGUUAAACUUAAUAAGUAUAUUCAGCUAUUGUCAUACUUCUCGCUGAUUUCAUGGAUGGGAUGCUUCCUUGUUUUGGCAGAGGUUUCACUUUUUUUAUUUUCCUACCAACUUUACUUUUUUUCGGGGGUACGUAGCUUGUGCAAUAGUGCAACUAGUGUCAGGUAAACGGGAAAAUCGUUCCGGCAUUCUUGCGAGAGAUCGUUCUAUAUCUGAUACUUAACUAGAGCAAACAAAGACGUUCGCUUUAUACCAGGGGGCUCUUUGGGCGGGUUCGUUGCCUUCAGGUCUUACGUGUUACUUAUUUACUUACUUAUUUUUUUAUAAUUUUGUUAAGAUUAAAAAAAAGAAAUUAAUUAAGAAAGGUUUUAGAGUUUAGUAGGCCAAAACAAUUACGUUAUAUGUUCGUACUGAAUCACUUGAAUGAGGCUAGCCAUGGACUCGCCAUUUUACAAGCUUCUCCACGUAUUGGCAAAGUGUUAACUGUUAACUGGUGCUUUCUUUAAAUUAUUUUCUAGACAUAAACGAGUGUUCAACCCGCAGUCCUUGUAAAAAUGGCGCUACUUGCGUUAAUACAUUCGGUGGCUAUCAAUGCAACUGUGCUAAAGGAUUUCAAGGAAAAGAUUGUGAUCAAGGUGAUUAUUAUUAAAUACUUCCCGUUCCUUUUUAGUGAAGUUGACUUUUUCUUUUGAAGGAUAGAUCAGAUCAUAUUUAGUUCGGUAUUUGUAACCAACUUUUGUUGACAAUUUGUUAAGCUGAAGUGGUAGAAAUUUUUUUCUUAUCUCUAUUUCUGCAUUCGCUGUCAUCUAUUUUGUUUUGUUUUUAAAGGGCUAUUAUGCCUUACCUACAUGGAAUUGGUGUAUUAAAGUCAUGUUAUGGUCUAGUGCACAUGUUAAGUGUUUUGAUAAGAAAAUUAUUGUUUCGGUUUAUUUCUUUAGAUGUAGACGAAUGCCAAACUAAUCCAUGUCUGAACGGUGGAAGUUGUACGAACAAACAUGGGGACUACGAGUGUACAUGUCCAGCGGGAUUUACAGGCAAAAAUUGCGAGCAAGGUAAGAAGAGGAAUAAAGCUAUCAAAAAGGCACAGAUAGUAAUUGUUGAGCUAAUAAUAUGCUGCCACUAACAGUUCCUUCACUUGGUUUUUGUAGAUGUCGAUGAAUGUGCAAGUUCACCAUGCCAAAAUGGAGGGACGUGUAAAAAUGAGAUAGGAACGUAUAAAUGUCUCUGCUUCCCUGGA